AUGUCAUUUUACGAUCCUUACCAAGGAAUGUCCCAGCAAUAUGUUGGCCAACAGUUUUAUCCGCAAUAUUACCCCCAACAGGGCCAAUAUGACGACGUUGGCGGCGAGCGCUUUCAAUUGGGAGGCGAAGAUGGCUAUAAUGGAUCCGACGGCAAUUUCCAAAAUGGUGCGUCUCAGGACAAUAUCAAUCGUCAAAUGAUGGAGGCUGAUAUCUACAGUAAUAAUGGAGUCGAUUUGAACUCGGCUAUGUUUUAUAAUGAUUCUAAUUUGGGAUUUCAUGGCAAUAACAACAACGGCAACGGCAACGGCAACAAUGGUGGACUCGAUGCUCCUUCUAUUGGCACUACUGUUGGCGGUGAGUUUUAUACCGAUGACGCGUUUGUCAAUGUACAUAACUUACAAAAUGGACUAUUGAAUUAUCAAAAUCCAUCUUCGUUGGACUUCAAUGAAGGUGCAAAUAAUGCUGGGUUUUUACAUCAACAACAUCAGCAGCAACAACCACAACAACAACAUCAGCUUCAACAGCUUCAACACCAACAGCAGUUACAGCAACAGCAACAGCAACAACAGCAGCAACAGCAGCAACAGCAGCCAGAGAUUUUUCAAGCUGCCAAUCAUGAAGUUAAUGCGCCUUCUGCUGCUGCACCUUCAAGAACGGUAUACUUGGGUAAUAUCCCCGGCGACAUUCAACCCAACGAGUUGUUGGACUAUGUGCGCUCGGGAAUCUUGGAAAACGUCAAGAUUAUCCCCGCCAAGAAUUGCGCAUUCAUUUCUUUUAUUGACCACCAACUGGCUUUAUUGUUCCACUCGGAUUGUAUAUUGAAGAAAUUAAACAUCAAAGGCCACGACAUUAGAAUCGGCUGGGGCAAAAACACCCAAAUCUUGCCUGCUGUUUUAGAAGCAAUCCAACGCGAUGGUGCCACGAGAAAUGUCUAUUUGGGCAACUUGAAUAAUCCUUUUACGGGUGAGUUGAUCACCGAGGAGGAACUUCGAGAAGACUUGUCCUGUUUUGGCAUCAUUGACUCGAUCAAGAUCAUACCCGAGAAGGGCAUUGCGUUUAUUCACUUUCUUGGAAUCUUGAGUGCUAUACGAUGCGUGGCCAACUUGCCACUCAAGGAAAAAUACUUGGACAAGAAGUGCUUUUACGGUAAGGAUAGAUGCGCUUUUAUCACCAAGACGCAACAGCAUAAUGCCGCUCAGUACUUGGGCUUGGCGCCAGGGAUGGAACAUAUUGUCACUGCUGCCGACCGCGAAUUCAUUUCCAGUGCAUUGGUGCAACAGUCCGCAGCAGCUGCCCAGAUUGCCACGCAAGCUGGCGGUGCCAAUAACUUGGGGAACCGUACUGUUUACUUGGGCAAUUUGCAUCAAGAAUCUUCGGUUGAGGAGAUUUGCAAUGUUGUUCGCGGAGGGUUGCUUCAAAGCAUACGUUUUCUCAAGGAACGCCACGUUUGCUUCAUUACGUUUAUUGAUCCCAUUGCUGCUGCGCAAUUCUUUGCCAUGUGUCAAUUGCAUGGAUUAACCAUCCACAAUAGAAGAAUCAAAGUUGGCUGGGGCAAGCAUUCGGGACCAUUGAGCAAUGCCUUGAGCUUGGCGGUUUCGAAUGGUGCCUCUAGAAACAUUUAUAUUGGGAACUUGAAUAAUGAUUUUGAAUUGUACAACCCGCAAAAGCUCAGGGCCGAUUUUUCCAAGUUUGGAGAUAUUGAGCAGAUUAAUUAUUUGGAAGAGAAGAAUUGUGCAUUUAUCAAUUUUGUAAAUAUCGCCAAUGCCAUCAAGGCCAUUGAUGGAAUCAAGUCAUUUGCUGAUUAUAAGAAUUUGAAGAUUAAUUUUGGUAAGGAUAGAUGUGGUAAUUUACCGAGACAAUUUCAAAAUAAUGUCCAUCACAAUCACAAUCAUAAUCAUAAUCAUAAUCACAAUCAUCAAAAUCACCAUUAUCAUAAUAAUAAUAGCAAUGAUGAUAAUAGCAACUCGUCACAUGGUCAGAACCAAGGUUACGACCCAGGUCAACAAACGCCCAACUCGGAUGCAAACCAGCAACAGCAGCAUUCGAUGGCGUUGAAUGGUGGAGCCUUGGGUAUUCUUGGAGACCAAGGUGGGUUAAUUUCAAGUCCCUUUUCAGAAGGCGAGCGUGGAGGCACACCUUCAUCUUUCCAGCAGGGACAGCAACAUCAACCAUCAUUGCAAAAUUUGGAAGGAUUUGAAAUUCAAACUAAUGGACAAUAA